GUUGACAGUGAAUAGCCACCAAGGUAAGACGACUGUCGAUGAUGGUGUUGUCGUGGUCAAUGUAGAGCAGAAUUGGAUCGCUCAUCACAGUCUUCUAACGAUAGUUAUCCCCCUCCUCUUGUUCAGCGUCCUAUCCCUCUCUCUGCAGUAGCAUCCCAACAUGCCAACCCGAGCACAUAAGGCACGAAAAAAGAGGGGCCAUGUCUCCUGUGGUCACGGUCGUAUUGGAAAGCACCGUAAGCAUCCUGGUGGACGUGGUAAUGCUGGAGGUCAACAUCACCACCGCAUCUUGAUGGACAAGUAUCACCCUGGUUACUUUGGAAAAGUUGGUAUGCGUCAAUUCCAUGUCUUGAGGAACAGGAACUACACACCCACCAUCAACAUUGACAAAAUCUUCAAUGUUGCUGGCGAAGGAGUCUACGAGGCAGCCAAGAGCGGAGGCGGAAAGGCUCCCGUUGUCGAUCUGGUAUCAAAGGGAUAUUUCAAGCUCCUGGGCAAUGGACAAAUCAAGGUCCCCGUCAUUGUCAAGGCUAAAUACUUCUCCAAAUUGGCAGAGCGAAAGAUCAAGGAGGCUGGUGGCGCUUGUCUGCUUGUUGCUUAAGUAAAGAUGAUUAGGUACUGUUGGUUCAC